CAGUAAUCAUAUUAUUAUUAUGAGUAUUAGUAGUAGUAUUAUUAGUAGUAUUGUGAUUAACAUUGAAAAGUGUUAAUGAAGAAUUAUUUGAUUAGUUCAAUGAAAUUUAAACAACAUCUAGAAAGUGAUCUAACACAAUCGAAUAGUAAACAAGUAGGUUAUUGAUGCAUUUGUUUAUUUAAUUACGUAACAAUAACAUGAAAUAUUUAGAUAAUCAUGGAACCAAUUCAACGAAUAUCUGGUAUCCUAUUUUAUAUUAAGGCUAGUGGUAUAGCAUUAAUACAAUUAAUCAUCAUAUGGGCAAUGAAUACUACUGUAAUAUUAGUUCAUACAUUCAAGGGAUGGUUACAAUCUACAAACUGGUUUGUUGGAUUGUUUUUCUUUUUGGCACUCUUUAUUGAUUUGGAAAUCAUUCUAAUGCCACGUGUGCAAUUUAUUUUUCCAUUGAAUUAUAUACUAUUGAUAUUCAAUUCGAUCAUUCUUUCAAUUCCAGUUUCAAGGCUACUAUGUGAAUUGAAAACGUUAUGGAUUCCAUGUAGUUGGGUUAUUACAUUGGGAAUUACAUUGCUGACUAUAAUAUUUGGCAAAUUAAUACGUUUCGAUAUACAAACAUCAUUGAAUAUAUUCCUUACUGUUAUAUUCACUUUACAAGCAAUAGUUUAUAUUGCUAUGAUUAUAUUAAAUUAUAAUAGUUACUUUGAUGUCAUUUUCAUUAUUUCUGGAUCAGGAAUGCUAUUGACAAUCAUUUAUGAAUUGGCAAUUGCAACUCAAGCAAUUUUUCCAGGUGAUAAACGAUUCAUAUUUCGUGAUAAUCAAUAUUUUCUAUGUGGAUUAGUCCUUGCAACUAUAAUGAUUUGGAUGAAUAUGAUUAUUUCAAGUGAAAUAUUACUUAUAUACGAUGUAUUCAAUAAUACAAAUCGAUAUAUACCUAUGUCUUCUCUAUACACAUUCACUGUUCAUUGUCUAUGAGUGUUUAUAGUGUCGGUUGCUAUGUUAAGCCCACAGAUCUUAUUCUAGCUGUUGGACAGGUCAAUUUAUUCAUUUGUCUUGUGUCACAUUUUGAUUUUCUUAAUUAUUCACUUAUCAAACUCCACUGUUAUUAUAUGAGCACAUUUGUGUGUGCUCUUCUUAUCCUAUUCAUCCCAUGUUCGUAGCUUAUUGUUGUGUGACUAUCAUGAUUGAUCAACGCUUGACGACAUGGGAGAUGGCUCACAUGCCUUCUCUACUGCACAUCCUUUCGUUUCACUUCGCUCUCUCUUUUCUUCUCUUGCUUCGCUACGUUUUCUGAGUAUCUGUUCAGAUCAAUGAUUGCACGAAAUAUAUGUAUUUGAGAUAUCCAUUCUCGUAUUUGAUUUAAUUCCGUUAUUCACCAGCAUGAUCUAAGUCGACAAUUAUAUACGAGGAAUGACGAUAUGUAUAUCUCAAUAGCAAUCAGAAACAAUCUCACUGGAGUCAGAUUCUGGGCCACUAAAGUAAUGACCCGUUAACAACGUGGUCCGGUCUAAUUGACAUCUAAAGUAAGGGCCCCACUACACGUUGUCUUUUGUUAUGUGAAACUGUUAUCAUGAUCAUAAGAUCAUUCACAUUUCGUUUGCAAUAAUACUAGAAAUUGUGACAUCAAUUUCUUCUUUUCCUAUGUGAUAUUUUAAAUGAAUCUUUCCC